AAUGUGAGGGACAUGUGUGACUACCUGCAAAUGAUUAAGGCGGAGCACAGGCAGUGCCUGGAGGAGGCCGAGCUGGAAAAUGAAACAGCAGGCUGCAGCACGAUGUGGGACAACAUCACCUGCUGGCCAGCCACCCCUCGGGGCCAGGUGGUCGUCAUGGCCUGUCCCCUCAUCUACAGUUUAUUCUACCCUCUUCAAGCAACAGAAUAGGUUCUACAUGUCCGUGAAGACCGGCUACACCAUCGGCUACGGCCUGUCCCUCACCUCCCUUCUGGUCGCCAUGGCCAUCUUGAGCCUGUUCAGGAAGCUCCACUGCACACGGAACUACAUCCACAUGCACCUCUUCAUGUCCUUCAUCCUGAGGGCAGCCUCCGUCUUCAUCAAGGACCUGAUCCUCUUCAACAGCAACCCAUCAGAAGACUGCUCCGAGUCCUGGGUGGGCUGUAAGGCCGCCGUGGUCUUAUUCCAAUACUGUGUCAUGAGCAACUUCUUCUGGCUGCUGGUGGAGGGCCUGUACCUGCACACCCUGCUUGUAGUCUCCUUCUUCUCCGAGCGGAAGUACUUCUGGGGGUACAUGCUCAUCGGCUGGGGGGUGCCCAGCACAUUCACCAUGGUGUGGACCAUCACCAAGAUCUAUUUUGAGGAUUAUGGAUGCUGGGACACCAUCGGCACCUCACGACUGUGGUGGAUCCUAAAGGCCCCCGUCCUCACCUCCAUCUUGGUGAACUUCAUCCUAUUUAUUCGCAUCAUCCGAAUCCUGGUUCAGAAACUGCAGACCCCAAAUGUCGGGAAGAGUGACAAAAGCCCGUACUCAGUCACCAAAAGCCACGUUGCUCUUGCCCACCUCUACCCCAAGGCCUGGCUCAGUCCACAAGUGUCCUCUACCCCAGCCCCACCGGUCCAGGCUCAUGAGUCCCACAUCUGCUUCUCCUGCAGUCACCUUCCCUGGCAGGUGAUCGGACCCAGGAGGCUGGCCAAGUCCACCCUGCUGCUGAUCCCCCUGUUUGGGAUACACUAUACCGUGUUCGCCUUCUUCCCCGACAACUUCAACGCUGAAGUGAAAAUGAUCUUUGAUCUCGUCGUGGGGUCUUUCCAGGGUUUCCUGGUGGCUGUCCUCUACUGCUUCCUCAAUGGCGAGGUGCAGGCAGAGCUGCGGCGGAAGUGGCGGCGCUGGGACCUACAGGGCGUCUUGGGCCUGGGCCCCAAAUACCAGCACCCACCCGGAGGCAGCAGCAGCAACGGGGUGACCUGCAGCACACAGGUCUCCUUGCUGACCCGCGUCAGCCCGGGCGCGCGCCGCUCCUCCAGCUUCCAGGCCGAGGACUCCGUGGUCUGACCGCCAGGCACCCAGGGGCGCAGGGGGGCUCCACCUGCCCGCACCCACCCACCCGCCCUCCCGGGCGACACUGGGGACAGAGGCCUACCGGGGCGAGUAGCCCCAGCCCUGGGCUCGGAGGCCGUCCUGGCCCCCAGGUCACUAUCCAGAAGCCCUGGCGCCGGCCUGGGGAGAGGGAGGUGCUUCUAAACAAGCCGGAGCCCCGAGAGGUGCACCCUGGAAGGUGUGGGGUGGAGCUCAGUCAUCAGACUCCUCCCCCAAAGGCUCUCUCCCAAUCAGUGGAAGGAAAUUUGCAUACUCAAGUGACUCCGCCCCCCCUCGUGACCAGUCGAGGAAGGCACCACCCAGGCCAGACAAUACAGUGGGAACAUGGUUGACAAAGGCCUUGCGCUCCCCAUCCCCAAAGGUCCCCCGACACCACCACCUCAUCAGUGCCUGAAGUUCCAAGCUUGCUGUCAGCUUCCUUUGGGUUAAGCAUCACCAUUCAGGCAUCUCUCUGAGGAUGCGGUCCCCUCCCCCAGUGCCCUCUUAGUUGCCAAGUCCUGGAGGUAAGGGAUGCAGUUGUGAGCCGGAGUUCUGAUUUGGGGACACAGCUGUCUUCAGAGCCUGCUGAAGGGGGUGGUCCCAGGAUGAUGGCAACAAUUCGAGGGGCUGCCACCAACCGUACCCAUCCCUAUGGGUUGUGGGAGCUGCCCUCAGCUGCCUACCUACGAGCCAGCUGUGAGAACUAGACUCAGAGAUGUGCACUCCUGGGUCCCUCAGUCCUCACAUCAACCCAGCGAGGUGGGAAUGACUGUCCCUGUUUCACAGAUCAGGAAGCGGAGCCUCACAGAGCAGGUACCUGGCCUUGUCAUGCAGCGGGAUUUGAACUCAGAUCUGGCUGACAGGAAAGGGAAAGCACAGGCUUCUUACUGCUGCCUUUUAUAUCUUAUAACAUGCUGGAUCCUCUUGUUAUUUGUUUCACCCCUCGUCGUUAUUGCCACCAUCCCUGUAACCGCAACCCCCUCCCACCUGACCCUCCCUGGCGUGUGGCUGUGGCUGAGGAGUCCUCUGGCCCAUGUGUCGUCUACACAACAGCCUGGUGGUCAUGGCAUCGUGUGUCUGCUCCGCGCCUCUGUGGUCCCAUGGCUUCCUGCCCACACCACAGCCGGAAGACCCUCAUGUGUGCAAUAAUAAAUGUUGUGUUGGAUUGGCUUGGUU